AUGCUGGAGGAGAAGACCUUCCGCAUUCAGUGCCAUUUGAACAACUCGGAGUUCAGGAGCCUGUGUGGCUUCAGACAGUGGGGCUGGAUGAUUGCGCUGAGCCUGGCUCUCCCUUUAGGCAAAUACCUUCCGAACGUGAUGGAACUCCAGGGGUACAGCAUUGGGGACGCCUUUGGGAAGAUCACAGAAGACUUUCAAAGCUACUGCUGCAGAGUUAAGGAGUCCAUACCACAAAGGGCUGACCAGUUCUUUGCAGAAGCUACCAGGUGCUUGAAUGAGUGCCUCGCUGGCCUCUACCAUGAGGGGCUCUUUAUGAAACCGGAUCGGGCCGUGCACUUGGGACGGAGGGAUCUUCAGUUUUUGCUCCAUUAUGCGAAACUGGCAAGGAUUUGCUAUGACAGGAGACAACGCCGUUUUCUUCUCAUUCCGAAAUGCCGUUUCUUACACCACCAAAUGCUGGGGCUUUUGAAGGAAGGGCAAUUAGGGUCCUGGACCCUGAACAUUCUGACGUUUGCAAACCAAUUAAGUGAAGACUUUGUGGGCCGACCCUCGAGGUUGGCGCGUCGUGUUGCACCCAGGACCACUUCAUCCAGGGUGGAAAUCGUGGGCCCUCUGCAUUUGAGCAGUGAUGGCCGUUAUUUGGCCGUGGUGUUGAAAGGCGCAGCUGGAGUCCUACUAUGCGAUGUAGCCGGCCCCUGCCAGCCCUUGGCAAGGCUUGCGGCCGGACAGGCGGAGCCUUGCACUGGAGUGACAGUUUUGCCGGGGCAUCGAAUUCUGGCAUGUUGGUCCGAUGGAACACUUCUGAGUUGGCAGGCUCCAGAGAAGCAGGUGGAGCGUCGCCGCUCCCAAGAUGGUGAAGAAUCGGCUCGGCGUUACACCUCUCCUGCGGUGGGAACUGGUACCAGGCCCCGGAUCACUGGAAAGGGCGUGGUGGCCAUGGCAGCGGUUGGCGCAGUCAGCGGGGCUGGCAGCGGUGUGACAAGGCCCUACAGUGGCAGCCCGCCGAGAGGAAGGCGCAGUGGAAAAGGCAUCUCUCGCGGCCAAGUGGCGCCCGGGCUCGGGCCUCAAGGUACUCGGGACGUGCCAUACUCUGCAAGGCGGCAGCCAUUAAAGACUGCUAGAAGCGAUGCAGAGAAGAAUCAGAUUCGAGAGGUGAUCAAGGCACAACUUCCAGAGAACAAGACGAGGAUUCUCUUCAAUUCCGGCCAUGGAACCCAUGGCACCCAUGGCACCCAUGGUACCCAUGGUACCCAUGGUACCCAUGGUACCCAUGGUACCCAUGCCCAAGCUCCAAGAGGUUUGGGUUCAACACCCACGCCUGAUGGGUUGCAGGAACUGAAGAGGCUCUUGGCCUCAUCUCCAAGUCCUCCUCGGUGGGCCGAAACGUCUAUCGUAGAAGAAACUGCAUGUCCCGGACGCGGACCUCGGACCUCUGAGCCUUUGGGGAAAUGGGCACGUGGGAGUUUGGUCGGUGCUCAGGUGCGAUCAGCCUCUGAGCUUCAUCGUGUUGGCCCACGGGACCUCCUUGAUGAGGAACCUCCACCAAGAUGUGCUUCCGAAGGUGCCCAAAUCUCAAGGCGAGGCCACCUGAAACGACGCCUGUUUUGCAGAUGCGGCUGCUGUGGGCUGAAACUUCCACUUCCACCGAAGCCUUUGUUCCCACCACCAGGGGCUGACUCGCUCCUGGAGAUCAGUGCAGUAUCCAGCAGUAGUAGUGCAGUGUUCAUGACUUCAGACAGAGGUGAGGAGCGACCUCUCUUUUCUCUUCCAACUCCCUGCAGGAGCACACGGCAAGACAAGAGUCACAGGCAAAAGCCAAAAGUCGACAUCCAAGAAUUGGUCGACUCAGUGGUGACCCUCAAAACGCGCCUGACUUCGAUUCAGGCCUUGCCGCCAGGCGAGGCUCAGGACUUGCUCGCUCCACUCCAGAAGUUUGAAGCUUUGUUACGGUCGCAAAUGAAAGACAGCCAUGAGAUGUAAUUUGAUGAGUCAGCGAUGUGACUGGUUUCACAUGCCUCCUGCAUGUAGUGAUCGUGUGAUUUUUUAUGCAGCUUAAUUCAGGAACCUAGAUGCGCUAAUCGAUUCUACUUGCCGUAGAAACAGCGGCAGUAAGCUUUGCAGGCUCAACAUGCACCAGCUCUGGGUUUCUAAUUCGAAUCGGUACAUGCGUUUUUGCCGAUUGUUCGCAAUGAAAAAG